GUUCAAUGGAUGAAUCAGAUAAAAAAGUCUUUUACGAUUCACGAAUUUUGUUUUGAUGAAAUUUUAAAAUCGCUAGACGCGAAGUAAUUUGUAGAACUCAUAAAAUAAAACAAAAGUUAACUUGCUAGUUAGCGUAAGUCAAAGCAAACGUAGUUAGUUCGUUAUUUAUUUGUUACCAUUAAAAGUGGAGAAAGUCUUCUGUGUAGUUUUUAGUGUAUUGUAAUAACUUGAUUAAAUUAUGGGUGAUAUCAUAGAAAUCACAACUUGGCCAAAACACAGGCAUAUCUUUUAUAAAGUAAACAGUAGCUCAAUAAAUUUUGAAGUAAAAGCAGAUAAUGCUGCAGUGGGACUUGCUAAAGAAGCUGGAAUGAAAUGUGACUAUUGGGUUGUCCUUGGAGACAGAUCAUUCAUUCAUGCACCGAAUAGCGGUAUUCAAUAUGCACAUACGCCUAACAUAAUCAGCAAUAGUGAAUAUCGUCAAUUUUCAAUAUCAUGGUCUAAAAACGGUGUAUGUUUGGGCCAAAAUGGGGAAUUAGAACCCAUUAUGAAACUGGAGUGCAAAGAACAAAAUUUUAAUUAUUUCACAUUUUCUAUGCACAGAAGUAUAGCACCUGCACACUGGAGGUUUGAAUUACCACCGCCCGAAAUAAAACGUCCCCUAAAGACAGUAGAAGGUGGGAAACUUCAAUGGAUUAAAUAUGAAGACAGUAUGCCUAAGAAUGCAGUUUGUGGGGGACAUGAACACGAAAUGUUGUUUGUAGCGAGGGGCGGUGUGCGAGGAUCACUAACACCUGGAAAGUAUGUGUCAUCCAAAGCAGCAGUCUUCGUUCCAUGGGGAGGUACUACUUACAAAUUGACAAAUGUUGAGAUAUUGUGUGGCUAUGACUGUGUUUGGACGCCAUCAUGGGCUGAUAACAUUCCUGUCGGCGCUGUUGAGGCUGGUUACUCUGAGGUCGACAGGGAACCUCUGUAUGUGGGCCGAGUAAAGCAUAAUGGGUUCAUUAUACCCGGAAAAGUUCAACCUUCGCACAAAGUUUGCUAUAUUCCCUAUAAAAAUGAAGAAAAGGCCUUCAAAUACUAUGAGAUCCUUAUAGAGCCUAAUCAAUACCCAGGAUUUGCAUAUGAUUCAUUAAUACCGAGCAUCAAAAUUGACAUUGAACCAAACAUAGAUGAUGAUCGAAAUUCCAAUAACUACGACGAAGAAAACGACGAAGGCCAUUACUAUUCAGAGGAUGAUGAAGACUAUAACGCAUAGCUAUAGAUCGUAAUCAUCUUAUGUUCGAAACUCGAAAGUGGAUUUGUCAUAUCGACGCUUGGAAGGCAAACGUGACUAAGCGACAAUAACUGCUUUGUGCAUAAAUGAUAGGUAAUAACCAUAUUUGCGCUAAAAAAAUAUAUUUCUAGGUCUAUUAAAAUCAUUUCAAUCCUACAGCUAGAUUCGUUAAAAUAGUUUUUUUUUUUCAGAUAUUUCAACUUUAAAUUAGUCUACUGUAAAGUUCACGCAUUGUCGCUUAGUCACGUUUGCCUUUCAAGCGUCGAUAUAUAAAAAAAAGUUUUUAUAUUAAUUUAUAACAUUUAGAAUUGUUAGUAAUCUAAGUGAAACAUUAAGUGACCUUAACAUUAAUAACAUGUCUGAUUCGAGAAAGAAUUUUCAGUACUAACAAACAUGAUGCCAUAAGUAAUCAUAAUAGAUAUUAUGAUUAUUUUACAUUAAUGUAAAUAUAUGAUCCAAAACUAUUGAGACGGACUCUGUAAAAGUGUGUUAUAACUUAGGAUUUGUAAGAUAAAAUAAAUAUUUUAUUUAUAAAUAAAA